CCUAAAAAAAAUCGAAGCUUUUUUCUGCUCGUAGUCGAUGCCGCCACCUUCAUCCUCCACCUCAGGACCACCUCCGUGGUCCGCCUCCUUCGAUCUCUUCCUCCUUCAUCAAUCUCAUCGAUAUUAGCUCCUCGACCUCUUUCUCCUCCUCCUCCUCCUCGUAUCAAAGUUCUCAUGGCUUCCUCUUCUUCUUCCGCUUCUGCCUCCUUUAACCCCAGAAGGAGCGGGGGAGGCCGAGGUCGCGGCGGCGCUGCUGUCGGGUCUGAUCGUAUUGAUGCGCUUGGAAGACUGCUGACACAGGUAUUGAGGCAUAUGGCUUCAGAGCUGAAGCUAGAUAUGAGGAGUGAUGGGUUCGUUCGAGUUAAGGAUCUGCUUUUGCUGAAUUUGACGACUUACGCGAAAAUUCCGUUGAGGUCGCAUACUAUUGAAGAGAUUAGAGAGGCAGUUAGGAAGGAUAAUAAGCAGCGGUUUAGCCUUUUGGAAGAAAAUGGAGAGCUUUUUAUUCGUGCGAAUCAGGGCCACUCAGUAACGACUAUAAGCUCCGAGAGGUUAUUGAAGCCCAUUCUCUCAGCUGAUGAAGUACCAGUUUGUGUGCAUGGAACCUAUAAGAAGAACUUGGAGUCAAUCUUGCAAUCGGGACUAAAGCAGAUGUCAAGAUUACACGUUCAUUUCUCUAGUGGCUUGCCUGCAGAUGGCAAAGUAAUUAGCGGCAUGCGACGGGAUGUCAAUAUUUUAAUUUUCUUGGAUGUGAAAAAGGCAUUAGAAGAUGGAAUGAAGCUUUAUGUUUCAGAUAACAAAGUUAUCUUGACCGAGGGCUUUGAUGGUGUAGUUCCAGUCAAAUACUUUGAGAAGAUUGAAACAUGGCCAAAAAGAGAGCAGAUACAAUUCUAAGUCAGGUGGUGGUUGUUCUAUUAAAUUAGUAAUCAGCUUGAUAUUCUGUUCUAUUUAAAUUGAAAUACUGUAUUCUGUGCCUCUAUGAUUGCAGAAGUAUGAAUGCAUGUAAAUUUUGCUCAGGAAUAACAUUUUGAAUCCAGAAAGUUUUUGAA